AAGGAAUGUCAAGAACAGAUUGUUGAUAAUUUAGUAGCACAAUACAAGAAAUUUUCUAAUAAAGAAGAUGCAAAUCUUUAUCUCCAAUAUUGUAAAAAGAAAGACAUAUUCAAGAACAGAUUUUUAACUUGUCUAAAUAAGAUCGUAGCAGAAAUCUCAAGUUGUUUUAUCGAUUCAAAUGCAGGAAUUGGAGUAUCAUUCGAGAACAAAUCUAUAUCAGAGAAGGUUUUAGGAGAUAAGAAAACUGCUGAAUUAAUCUCUGUAAUCCGUGCUUUAGAAUCUUGUGAAAACAGAAUUGAUGUCUUAGAGAUUAGAACUGAUAGUUCGUAUUUUAUAAAUUUAUAUGAAUUGUAUUUACCAAAAUGGAAAAAUAACGGUUGGAAUCUAGAAAACAAGAACAAAGAAUUGAAAAACAAGGAUCUGUUCAUAAGGUUAAACAAGUUGUUUGAAUCAAGAGAAGGAAAAAUAAUUUUAACAUAUACAGAAAAUAUUAGUGAAAAUAUAAGAAAGUUAGCUGUUGAAGGAAGUAAAAAAGAAUAUAUUGAACAUAUGAAAGUAGAUAUUUAUAGAACAGAUAUUGUAUCUGAUUAUGAUGAUUUA